AUGGCAAAUCGAGGGAAAAGCCUAGACUCGGAGAUCUUCUCCAUUGCCGACUUGCAGGCCAAGGCAUCGGAGAAACUUCCAAGAGAAUUCAAGGAAUUCUUCAAUGAAGGCGCAAUGGAUCUCAUCACGGUGAAAGACAACGAAGAUGCCUUUAAUCGUUAUAAAAUACGCCCACGCGUUCUUCGCGAUGUCUCUAACCUGGACACCUCCACAACGAUCUGCAAUACCAAAGUUUCUUUCCCGUUUGGAUUUUCGCCCGCGGCCUCCCACAAGAUCGCCCACUCAGACGGCGAGGUCGGAACUUCCAAGGUUGCUGCUGAGGCGAAUAUCUGCAUGGCGUUGUCUUCACAUGCAACCUGCUCAUUAGAGGACGUCAUAGCAGAGGGGUCGGGAAAUCCAUACAUGAUACAAUUCAUCAUAUUGAAGGAUCGGGAUAUCACGAGGCAACUACUUGAGCGCGCAGAGAGUGAGACCAAUGCUUUCUCUUUUUCAUCAUUGCUGGUGCUAAUUCUUCUUACAUCUUCAGAAUCUGGGUACAAGGCAGUCAUGUUAACAGUGGAUGCGCCAAUGCUCGGACGGCGUCUGAACGAGUACAGAAACUCUUUCGGAAUCCCAAAAGGCAUGGGAUAUCCCAAUCUUGCGCCUGGCCUGGAUAUGAAGGAUGGCAUUGAGUGGGCCGAGGCCAUCGCAUGGAUAAGAAGUGUAACUAAACUCGACAUUUGGGUAAAAGGAAUCUAUACUGCUGAAGACGUCGCACUGGCCAUACAGCAUGGAGUCAACGGUGUUUUGAUUUCCAACCACGGCGGUAGACAACUGGACGGCGUACCAGCCACUCUUGAUGCACUACGCGAAUGUGCGCCUGUCGCAAAGGGCAAAAUAGCUAUCGCCAUUGAUGGCGGUAUUCGCCGAGGAACGGAUAUUUUCAAAGCUUUGGCCCUGGGAGCGGACUAUUGCUUUGCAGGGAGGAUACCAAUCUGGGGAUUAGCGUACAAUGGAACGAAGGGCGUGGAGCUUGCUGUCAAGCUAUUGCAAGAAGAAUUCAAAUUGGCCAUGUGCCUUGCUGGAUGCAAAACUGUCAAAGAUAUCAACAAGAGUCACCUGUCUGUUCUUGAGACGAACGGUGUACUUUCGAAGCUCUAG